AUGGGGAACACGCUGACCUGUUGCGUGUCCCCCAAUGCCAGCCCCAAGCUGGGCCGGCGCGCGGGGCCGGCAGAGCCCGACUACGAGUCCGAGGUCUACGAGGCGGCGGCCGGGGACGCGGUGGCGGUAGCGCCGGCGCCUGCUGCGGCCGUGGAGCCCGCCGAGUUGGAUUUCGGAGCCGGCGAGGGCCACCACCUGCAGCACAUCAGCGACCGAGAGAUGCCCGAAGAUCUAGCUUUGGAAUCAAACCCUUCCGACCACCCGAGGGCAAGCACAAUUUUCCUCAGCAAAUCUCAAACGGAUGUGCGUGAAAAGAGGAAGAGCAACCAUUUAAACCAUGUAUCUCCAGGGCAGCUUACUAAAAAGUAUAGCUCAUGCUCAACAAUAUUUCUAGAUGACAGCACAGUCAGCCAGCCUAACCUUAGAACCACAAUAAAAUGUGUGACCUUAGCAAUAUAUUACCACAUAAAGAACAGAGAUGCAAAUAGAUCCCUGGACAUUUUUGAUGAGCGGUCACAUCCUCUCACAAGAGAGAAAGUUCCAGAGGAAUACUUUAAGCAUGACCCUGAACACAAAUUUAUUUACAGAUUUGUUCGUACACUUUUUAGUGCCGCACAGCUGACAGCAGAAUGUGCAAUAGUGACGUUGGUUUACUUAGAGAGGCUCCUAACUUAUGCUGAGAUCGACAUUUGUCCCACCAACUGGAAAAGAAUUGUUUUGGGAGCCAUUCUUCUUGCCUCCAAGGUUUGGGAUGAUCAGGCUGUAUGGAAUGUAGACUACUGCCAGAUCCUCAAGGACAUUACAGUUGAGGACAUGAAUGAGAUGGAAAGGCAUUUUUUGGAGCUACUCCAGUUUAAUAUUAAUGUUCCUGCAAGUGUUUAUGCCAAAUACUACUUUGACCUUCGCUCCUUAGCAGAUGACAACAACCUGAAUUUUCUUUUUUCUCCUCUCAGCAAGGAGAGAGCACAGAACCUAGAGGCCAUUUCAAGAUUGUGUGAAGACAAAUACAAAGACUUGUGUAGAGCUGCUAUGAGAAGAUCUUUAAGCGCUGAUAAUUUCAUUGGUAUUCAGCGCUCUAAUGCCAUCCUCUCCUAAGAGAGAGACUCGAGGAGUGAGAACACCAGGGACUCCUCAUUGACAGACUGGAGAAACAGCACCUCUCCUGAUCAGAGACCAGCAGAGGUGGGACUCCACGGAAUGGGAAGACCUCGGAUUCAAGAGACUCUGGACAGUGACUGCUGACUCCAUAGGAAAGAAUGGGACCUUGUCAAAGCAACCACUCUCUGUCCUUUGUAAUGUAAACGGUUACAGCAGAAACCACUCCACAGCAAAAGCGCUGAGCACACAGAUAGUGCUUACUAUGUAGGCCAAUGGCUAUGAAAUAUGUGAGGUUUUUAAUUGUUCCAAUUUUUAGACUUUUGUUUGAGACAGGGUCUUACAUAGCCGGGGCUGGCCUCAAACUCAGUAUAUGAUUGAGGCUGUCCUUGAACUCCUAUCUUCCUGCCUCUACCUCCCAAAUGCUGGGAUUACCAUGCCUGGCUCAGAUUUUUAGACUUUAAAGACACUAACCAUAUAACUUUCGUUUUUCUUGUUUUUCUUGCCCCUGC